GGAGGACAACGGGUCAUGGGCAGGCGCCCUCCCGGUGAAGCAGGGACUGUAUGAUCCAGACUUGGAGAAAGAUGCCUGUGGUGUCGGGUUUGCUUGGUCAGUAGUCUCUCCUCGAUUGGCAACAAUAGCAAACCGAAGCUGAUAUUGUAUAGUCACAUCAAGGGCAAGGCAAGCCACAAGAUUGUUAGCGAUGCGCGAAACCUCCUUUGUAACAUGACCCAUCGAGGUGCAGUGGGUUCCGAUGCGCGAGACGGAGACGGGGCUGGUGUGAUGACAUCGAUCCCCCACAAAUUUUUCAUUAAGAAUUUCGAACGCGAGACGGAUAUCAAGCUUCCCCCUCAGGGCCAAUAUGCUGUGGGCAAUCUUUUCUUCAAGCCAGAUGAAGAGACUUUGCAAGAAUCGAAAAAACAAUUGGAAGAGAUCUCAGAGUCACUGGGGUUGAGGGUAUUGGGAUGGCGAGAGCCUCCUAAAGAUUCCACUCUUCUUGGUCCCGCUGCUGCUUCUCGUGAGCCUAUUAUUUUGCAGCCAUUCGUUGUGCUAUCAUCUGCAUAUGGUUAUGGCAAUUCGCCAGAGACCACAGACCCUGAUCUUUUUGAUGAGAAAUACUUCGAAAGACAACUCUACGUGCUCCGAAAGCGUGCGACCCAUACCAUUGGCCUUCACAAUUGGUUUUACUUAUGCUCCCUUUCGAACAAGAACAUUGUGUACAAAGGACAGCUUGCUCCUGUGCAGGUGUACCAGUACUAUUAUGAUCUAGUCAACGCUGACUACGAAGCCCAUUUUGCUCUCGUGCAUAGUCGUUUCUCGACUAACACAUUUCCUUCCUGGGAUCGUGCUCAACCACUGCGAUGGGCUGCUCACAAUGGUGAAAUCAACACCCUGCGCGGCAACAAGAACUGGAUGCGUGCCCGUGAAGGUGUCAUGCAGUCAGAUAUUUUUGGCGAGGAACUCGAGAUGCUUUACCCGAUCGUCGAAGAUGGCGGUUCGGAUUCUGCAGCUUUUGACAACGUCUUAGAACUUUUGACUGUCAAUGGUGUUCUGUCCUUGCCGGAGGCUGUCAUGUUGAUGGUACCAGAAGCAUGGCAAGACAAUGCCGCUAUGGACCCAGCCAAGGCCGCUUUCUACGAAUGGGCUGCUUGCCAAAUGGAGCCAUGGGAUGGGCCUGCCCUCUUCACCUUUGCUGAUGGAAGAUACUGCGGUGCCAACUUGGACCGAAAUGGUCUCCGUCCCUGCAGAUACUAUGUGAUGGAUGAUGACAGGAUCAUCUGCGCUUCCGAAGUAGGAACCAUUCACGUGGACCCCGAGAGGGUCGUCCUCAAGGGUCGUCUGCAACCCGGCAAGAUGCUUCUCGUUGAUACUCUUGCUGGUCGCAUCAUCGACGACAGUGAACUGAAGAACACUGUCUCCACUCGCCAUGACUUCCGAUCGUGGCUUCACAAGGAAUUGAUUACCUUGCCAAAGGUGUUCGAAGAUAUCACCAACCAAGGCUCGAUCGACCUUGCCCCAAAGCCUGAUGGUUCUCCUAUCCAGGAAGAUGCCCUGCUUAGAGCUUUUGGCUACUCCUUCGAGCAAGUCAGUUUGCUGCUCGCACCUAUGGCUUCCGAUGAAAAGGAAGCUCUUGGAUCCAUGGGUAAUGAUGCGCCAUUGGCAUGUCUAGCACAGGCUCCUCGGCUGCUCUACGAGUAUUUCCGACAAUUGUUCGCACAAGUCACCAACCCUCCUAUCGAUCCUAUUCGAGAGGCUAUUGUCAUGUCGUUGGACUGCUAUGUUGGUCCUCAAGGUAACUUGCUUGAGAUGGACUCGUCUCAAUGCGGUCGAUUGCUGCUUCCAACCCCCGUCCUCUCCAUUCCCGAAUUCAACGCCUUGAAGAAUAUCAGCAAGCUUCAUUCACAGUGGACCGUCAAGGUCAUUGACUUGACCUUCCCUAAGUCUGAGGGCACCCAAGGUUAUAUCCGCCACCUCGACGAGAUCUGCGAACAGGUCACUGCUGCCAUCGAGAAUAAGGAUCGCAUUAUCAUCCUUUCUGAUCGUGCAACCUCUGCCGAACGUGUGCCUGUUUCUGCGCUCCUCGCCUCUGGUAUGGUUCAUCACCACUUGGUCAACAACAAGUGGCGAUCACUCGCUGCUUUGGUCGUUGAGACUGCUGAAGCUCGUGAAGUGCACCACAUGUGUGUUCUUCUUGGCUAUGGUGCCGAUGCUAUCAACCCAUACCUCGCUAUGGAAUGCAUCAUCAAGCUCAACAGAGAGGGUUUGAUCAGAAAGAAGCUCAGCGACGAUGCUCUUAUCCGCAACUACAAAUACUCCGCAGAUGGAGGUAUCUUGAAGGUCAUGAGCAAGAUGGGUAUCUCGACCUUGGCUAGUUACAAGGGUGCCCAGAUUUUCGAGGCUCUUGGUGUUGACGACACUGUCGUCGACCGAUGCUUUAAGGGAACUGCUACCAGGAUUAAAGGUAUCACAUUCGAGCUCAUUGCCGAGGAUGCUUUCCGGUUCCAUGAGAAGGGCUUCCCAUCUCGCUACACUGUCAGCGUCCCAGGUCUUGUCGAGUCUGGUGAGUACCAUUGGCGUGAUGGCGGCGAGCCUCACAUCAACGAUCCUACCUCUAUCGCCAACAUUCAAGAUGCCGUUCGCACCAAGAAUGACAAGUCUUACGAGGCAUACUCACUCGCCGAGUACGAGCAGAUCAAGGCAUGCACUCUUCGUGGUCUCCUUGAUUUCAAAUUUGACGAGAGCACUCCUGUUCCCAUCGACCAAGUCGAACCAUGGACCGAGAUCGUUCGUAGAUUCUGCACGGGAGCUAUGUCCUACGGAUCAAUCUCUAUGGAGUCUCACUCGACACUUGCUGUUGCUAUGAAUCGUCUUGGUGGCAAAUCCAACACUGGUGAAGGUGGUGAAGAUCCAGAGCGAUCCGAGAGAAUGGAGAACGGCGACACUAUGCGUUCUGCCAUCAAGCAAGUCGCUUCCGGUCGUUUCGGUGUCACCUCCAACUAUCUCGCAGACUCCGACGAGCUUCAAAUUAAGAUGGCUCAAGGCGCAAAGCCUGGUGAGGGCGGUGAGCUUCCGGGCCACAAAGUUUCGAAGUCAAUUGCACGAACUCGUCACUCGACUCCUGGUGUCGGUCUCAUUUCGCCUCCACCCCAUCACGACAUCUACAGUAUCGAAGAUUUGAAGCAACUGAUCUACGAUCUCAAGUGCUCAAACCCUCGUGCUCGUGUCUCUGUCAAGCUCGUCUCGGAAACUGGUGUUGGUAUUGUCGCAUCUGGUGUAGCCAAGGCCAAGGCUGACCACAUCUUGAUCUCUGGUCAUGAUGGUGGAACUGGUGCCUCUCGAUGGACUGGUAUCAAGUAUGCCGGUCUUCCUUGGGAACUUGGUCUCGCUGAGACUCAUCAGACUUUGGUUCUGAACGAUCUUCGAGGUCGUGUCGUUGUCCAGACUGAUGGCCAACUCCGAACUGGUCGUGAUGUCGCCAUUGCUUGUUUACUUGGUGCCGAAGAAUGGGGCUUUGCUACCACUCCUCUCAUCGCUAUGGGAUGUAUUAUGAUGAGAAAAUGCCAUCUGAAUACCUGCCCAGUCGGUAUCGCGACGCAAGACCCAGAGCUCCGCAAGAAGUUCCAGGGCACUCCCGAGCACGUCAUCAACUUCUUCUAUUACAUUGCUAACGAGCUCCGUGCUAUCAUGGCUAAGCUUGGAUUCAGAACUAUCAAUGAGAUGGUUGGCCAUGCUGAGCUCCUACGUGUCCGUGAAGAUCUUCGCACCAACAAGACUCAGAACAUCGAUCUGUCGUUGAUCCUUACACCAGCUCACAAGCUCAGACCUGGUGUUGCUACUUUCAAUGUCCGAAAGCAAGACCAUCGUCUGUAUGUCCGACUGGACAACAAGCUUAUCUCUGAGGCUGAAUUGACCCUCGACAAGGGUCUACCAUCAAGAAUCGAGUGCGAUAUCGUUAACACCGAUCGUGCCAUGGGCACUUCCCUUUCAUACCAGAUCUCCAAACGUUACGGAGAGGAUGGUCUGCCUAUGGAUACUGUCCAUGUCAACAUCAAGGGAUCUGCUGGUCAAUCAUUCGGUGCCUUCCUUGCACCUGGUGUGACUUUGGAGUUGGAAGGAGAUGCCAACGACUAUGUUGGAAAGGGUCUAUCAGGUGGUCGUCUUAUUGUCUACCCACCACGAGCUGCAGUUUUCAAGGCAGAAGAGAACAUCCUCAUCGGUAACGUCUGUUUGUAUGGUGCCACCAGCGGAACUUGCUUCUUCCGUGGUGUUGCUGCAGAACGUUUCGCUGUCAGAAACUCCGGAGCAACAGCUGUCGUUGAAGGUGUCGGUGACCACGGUUGCGAAUACAUGACUGGAGGUCGUGUUCUCAUUCUCGGAAGCACCGGACGCAACUUCGCUGCUGGUAUGUCUGGUGGUAUUGCGUAUAUCCUUGACAUCCACCAAGACUUCAUGUCCAAGCUCAACCCGGAGAUGGUUGAAGCUUCAGGCAUUGAUGAUCCAGCUGAAAUUGCCUAUGUCCGUGGUUUGAUUGAGGAUCACCACCACUACACUGGCUCUGAGCUUGCAGCUCGCAUCCUCCUCGACUUCAACCGCGCCCUGCCACGCUUCGUCAAGGUUCUUCCCGUUGACUACAAGAGAGUUCUGGAGGAAGAGGCUGCCAAAGCCGCCGAACUCAAGCGUGCCGAAUUCCAACUGCCUCUCCUUCCAGGCAACCCAGUUCGUGAACUUGCCGAAUCUCAAAAGAAGGAAAAGAAGAAGCCCGACCUUCAAGACAUCGAGGAGACUAUUGGCGAUGCUGCUGCUGAGAAGAAGAGAUCACUGGUAUUGGACAAGACUAAGGGCUUCAUGAAAUACCAACGUCGUUCUGAGAAGUACAGAUCUGCAAAGACUAGAACACGCGACUGGGCAGAGCUUUCCAAGCGUCUCGACGAGGAUGAGCUCAAAUACCAAGCUGCUCGUUGCAUGGACUGUGGUGUUCCUUUCUGUCAGUCUGACUCUGGUUGUCCAAUUUCCAACAUCAUUCCCAAAUGGAACGAAUUAGUCUUUCAGAAUCAGUGGAGAGAUGCUCUCAACCGUCUUUUGAUGACCAACAACUUCCCCGAGUUCACUGGCCGUGUCUGCCCAGCUCCUUGCGAAGGUGCCUGCGUCCUUGGUAUCAACGAGGAUCCUGUCGGUAUCAAGUCAAUCGAAUGUGCUAUCAUCGAUCGUGGCUUCGAUAUGGGCUGGAUGAUCCCCCAGCCACCGAAGAUUCGCAGUGGAAAGACCGUUGCUGUCAUCGGCUCCGGACCUGCUGGUCUUGCUUGUGCUGAUCAACUCAACAAAGCUGGUCACACUGUCACUGUCUACGAGCGUGCUGACCGUGUCGGUGGUCUUCUCAUGUACGGAAUUCCCAACAUGAAGCUCGACAAGAAGAUUGUCAAGCGUCGAACAGACUUCAUGGCCGCUGAGGGCAUCACUUUCAAGACUGGUGUAGCCAUUGGACAGGACAUCACACUCACCGACCUCAAGGCUGAGAACGACGCUGUUGUGAUCGCUACUGGUGCUACCGUUGCCCGUGAUCUCCCAAUCAAGAACAGAAACCUUGAGGGUAUUCACUUUGCCAUGCAAUUCCUCCACAAGAACACCAAGUCUCUCCUUGACUCAGAGCUUGCAGAUGGCGAGUACAUCUCUGCUAAGGGCAAGAACGUCGUGGUCAUCGGUGGUGGAGACACUGGUAACGAUUGUAUCGGUACUUCCGUUCGUCACGGUGCCAAGUCCGUCACCAACUUCGAGCUAUUGCCACAGCCUCCUAAUGAGCGUGCUCGUGACAACCCAUGGCCACAAUGGCCAAGAAUUUACCGUGUUGACUACGGUCACACUGAGGUCAAGCAGCAUAUGGGCCACGAUCCUCGCGAGUUCUGUGUCAUGUCCGAGGACUUCGUCGAUGACGGAACUGGAAAGGUCAAGGGUAUCAAUACCAUCCGCGUUGAGUGGACAAAGUCCGCCACUGGUGGUUGGGACAUGAAGAAGAUCGAUGGAUCUCAGCAGUUCUUCCCUGCUGAACUUGUUCUGCUUUCUAUGGGUUUCUUGGGUCCUGAGGAUCGUGUUCUUGGCAGUGAGAUCGAGAAGGAUGCACGCAAGAACGUCAAGACUCCCCCCGGAAAGUACCACACCAACGUUGAGGGUGUCUUCGCUGCCGGUGAUUGUCGCCGUGGUCAAUCCUUGAUUGUCUGGGGUAUCAAUGAAGGAAGACAAUCCGCUCGCGAGGUCGACAUGUACCUUGAAGGCACUACUCGUCUCCCAGUCGCCGGUGGUAUCGUGAAGCGCAGCGCCCACGAGAUUCUCGGAAAUCUCCAACACCGUGCUCCCAUUCAGAUUGCAGCAGCAAACUGAGUCAACGAUACAGUCACAGGGACUGGAAUUUAUGACGACAUUGACGACGAAAUUUUCAACAAGCAGGAAUGGGACUAAAAAUGCAUCAGGACCAAGGGUAAAGGGAACAAAAGUGCAUUCGAGACGAUGGUUCAAUAGGCAGCGUGCAACCUAUCACCAUACCAAGGCAUGCAGAAGGGAAAAGGGAAAGAACCAUCUAUCAUCUUGGCUUGUACUUUUUUGGUGCGCUGCUUUUUUUUAUUCUUCUCCUUACGAUACCAGCAUUCGUUUCACUUUUGCGAGGGAGUUUAGGUCCGCUGUUUUGGGACUAUGCGACCGAUCGAUCGAUGUAUAUAGAGCAUUAUGAAAUGGUACAUACGCAACUCUUGGA